AUGCCUGUGAUUGCCGCUCCAAACCAACUGGUGGUGAUGUUUACUGUUACGCCAGGAAUGCUCGAUCCGUUGGGAAAUCUCUCGAUGGGCUUCAUCUUGACGCUUACGGAUUGUGUAACUUCCCGAGCUGCCCGCAUCGACAACCAGAAUCUGAAGACAGUUUCCGUUACACUCGAAGCAAAGAUGGGAAAAAGCAGGCGGGUCGUCGUCGGCCAGGUUAUGUAUGGCCGCGGAAAUACCGACUUCAUCAACGACAACCUGGUCAUGGGAAGCUUCUUCUUUCAAGAGCGAAAUGGAGAGAAGCUCGACUAUUGGACCGGUAGCCACACAAUGUCUAUCGUUAAGAAU